CACGUGACCAUAGCCUUUUGUUCUGAGAGCAGCCGCUGCACCUUUCCCGCUUAGCGUCUUUCCCCCCCCCCCUGCAGAGUUAUGGCGCUAUAGCCUUUUUCCGCUUCCGGUUUUAGCUGCGACGCCUCCUGGUGGCAGUUUUAGAGCUUUCCCGCCUUUUCCUCCUCCUCGACUGGGCUCUCCAGAAGGGGCUGUGGCGCGAGAUGGAAAAAGAAGCGCCCGAGUCUGCGGCCGGCGAAGGGGAGAGGAGCGCCGAGGAGCCCGUGGUGUCGCUGGCCGAGGUGCUGGCUGAGAACGACGAGCUCGAGAAGGAGGCGCGCGCCGUGCUGGGCGGGAGCGACCACGAGCGCUGCAGCUACUCUCAGGGAGCUGUUAAGAGGCAAGCCCUGUAUGCGUGCAGUACCUGUACGCCAUCAGGAGAAGAACCAGCAGGGAUCUGUUUAGCAUGCAGUUACGAAUGUCAUGGAACUCACAAACUCUUUGAGCUGUAUACAAAAAGAAACUUCUGCUGUGAUUGUGGAAACAGUAAAUUCAAAAAUCUGCAGUGCAAGCUUCUUCCUGAAAAGGCAAAGUUGAAUCCAGCAAAUAAGUAUAACCACAAUUUCUACGGCUUGUAUUGUGUCUGUGAAAGACCUUAUCCAGAUCCAGAUGAUGAGAUUCCAGAUGAAAUGAUCCAGUGCAUAAUUUGCGAAGAUUGGUUUCAUGGAAGGCAUCUUGGUGCUGUUCCUCCAGACAGUGGGGACUUUCAUGAAAUGGUGUGUCAGGCAUGCAUGGAUCGCUGCCCAUUCCUAUGGACUUACGCCUCUCAGUUAGCAGUUCCCACUGUGACCAAAGUUACCCCUGCUGCUGAAAAUGGCACUGUGCUGAACGUGGAAGAAGCUGAAGAAAUUAAAAUAGAAAAUGGUACAGAUUGUCACGUAAAGACUAAAGAAGAGAAAGCAGUGCCGAGUAAUGAGCCGUCCACCAGCUCCGGCUCCGAAUGUUCGGAGGCUGUUAAAGGUGAAGCAUCCACCUGCAAGCUGCGAGAACUUCAAACCAAGCAACACCUAAAGAACAAUUCAGCCACAUUUUGGCCUCAAAACUGGCGGAGCAAAUUGUGCACUUGCAAAGAAUGUAUGAAAAUGUACUUGGAUCUAGAAGUCUUAUUCCUAACCGAUGAGUGUGAUACAGUCUUGGCCUAUGAAAAUAAAGGGACCAGUGACCAGGAAGGGGACAGGAGAGACCCCCUGAUGGAUACCCUCAGCAGCAUGAACAGAGUCCAGCAAGUAGAACUCAUCUGUGAAUACAAUGACCUGAAAACUGAGUUAAAAGAUUAUCUGAGGAGGUUUGCAGAUGAAGGGACUGUUGUUAAGAGAGAGGACAUUCAGCAAUUCUUUGAAGAAUUUCAAUCGAAAGAGGAGGAGGACGGACCGGAUGCAGUAUUACUGCAGCUAGAGGGCCUUGGGAGUCAGACAAGCUUUUUCAGGCAUCUCUACUACCUUUCUACUCUCUUCUGCUUGAUUCAACUUUCUUAUGUGCUCUAAAGGGAGAGCAACUGUACUAAAAAACACAGGAUCAUGGCUUUUUAGAAUGUGUUUUUUUGAGGUUGCGGGGGUGGGGAGAGACAGACACACAUUAUAUGAUAAAGGUUACUUGAACUUUGAUCCUGGAUAUCCUACGGGCUUAUUUAGUGUCAAAGGUACAUGGUUACAAAAGGAACAGCAAUCCUCCUGAAGUGCCGUAGGUGAAUUAUUUUUUAUGUGUGUGUUUUUCAACGUUAGAUCAGUGUGCUUGGCAGGUUAAUGUUUAGGAUCAAGGUAUUCGGAGAUUAAAAAAUAAGGCCGAGGCUGAUGGUUCAAAAUAAGGUGGAAAUGUAUUUUAUUACUCAGUUAAAAGUUCCCCACGCAUCUUGCCCAAGGGGAUCCUUUCGGGGACAUCUGUUAGUCUUGCAGCUUAUACUCUUCUUCAAAAAAACCCCUGCAAAACUCACAGAUUCCUCUAAAGGAGCUCUUGGGCGAAAAGCGGGAAUUUUAACUGAGCAAUAGAAUAUAUUUUUACUUUUAUACCAUCUGCCUUGGCCUUAUUUUUUACAGCCUGUUUCUGGUGUGGCUUUUUUAUUUCUCCUUGUUAGGAUCAAGCCCUCCAUCUUUAACACAAGAGUUUGUAUUCUCCUCAUUUUCAGUAUAUAGCCCUUCUGAUUUCUGGUAUGUAAUCUGGUCUGCUUGCUUCUGCUUCUUAAAAGCCACUCAAGCCAAACGUGAAUUUGUGAGCUGUUUCUGAAGUAAGAUUUCUAAUUAGUCAGUAAAGAUCAAGGCUGUCCCUUUGACACGCAAAUACUUAUUCCAGGCUAUAGUUCCUUGUUGAGGAAGAUCACUUCUGCUAUUUAGGGUUACUAUCAGUUUUCUUGCCUGCCCUACAGAAUGUAAAUAAUAUUCUUGCUGCAGGCUGGCUCCGGUAAGUUAAAGGCUUUGCUGGUUGUAGACCAAAGGACAGAUCUGAGUUUUUGGAAAAUAACAGUCAUAUUAGGUUGUAAAUGGCUAAGAGGGGGUAGUAAAUAACCUUAUAGGUUAACUGUAAAAUAUGAAGUGAUGAUCUUGUUUUGUAGAGAAACUUAGCAAGUGUACUAUCAAGAAUGUUAACCAACUUAAUCAGACCAGUUUUUAGAAACCUGACCAUCUCUUAACUAUGCUGAGCGGGUAAUGUGUUUCUUCAUGGAUCAAUGAAAUAGAUGCUUAAGUAGGCAAAGGCCAGUACAUACAACAUUUGGGGCUUUGUCAGCUGUAGUUAAGAGGAGGCCCUGUGCCAUUAAUGUUCCGUAUUAGUUUAAACUAAUACGCCGUAUAGCGGUCCUAUUAGCAGCAGUAAUAUCAGUGACAUUCUAACACUUGGGAUGAAGAAGGCUGGAUGAAUUCUCUUAUGAGAAAGAGCACGAAUAGGGGACCUGUUUUCUGCUCAGCUGUACUUGAGAGAGAACGUGCAUGUUGUCGUAGUGUCAUCGUGUGUAGGCAACUGUAGAUUGCAAAAUACCACUUCAUUUAUUUUGUGCUUUGGUAAGUGGUAGCGGGUUAUAUACUCAGAAGAUUCCCUCGUCCCCCCACGCAGACAUCAAAUGAUUCCGGGAACUUGCAUUACCGUCAGUCCAGAAUCUGAAAUGAAACACCUUAUCUGUUCAAGAUACUGAAAGUAUAUAGCUCAACUACAUUUGUAUUGACAAGAAUACAUGACUUGAUACAGAAUAAUGCAGCUUGCCUAUAAGCAGAACAGAGAAAAGUGUUUAGUUUGGAGGGGGAAAAACCCAUUAAAGGCUAGUGGAAUGAAGGUGUAGUUUUUUAAUGUACGCAAUUGAAAGUGGAAACUUCUAGAGUGUAUUACAAACCAAUAAAGACUAACUGUCAGAAA